AUGGUAAGCGGCUCGAUACGAUCCUGCGACCGCGCAGCGAUGUGUGUGGACAAUUUUUCCAUGUUCUUCGGACAGCCGUGCUCCCUGGAGGUGGAGAUAGACUCGGACCCCGGCCGCCCCUUGGUGUUCGUGGACCCGCAGCAGAAGACAGACAAAUGCCCCGUCUUUUCGGAUGGCGAGGAGAUCAGCGGCACGGCCGUGAUCAGCCUCAAGCCCGGCAAGCAGUUCGACCACCAGGGCAUCAAGGUCGAGCUUAUCGGCCAGAGCGACACUCUGUACAACAAAACGGGGACGUACGAUUUCUUCACGAUGUCUCGUGACAUUGAGGCCUCCGGCAGCGUUAUAGAGAGCAAGAGCUACCGCUGGAAGUUCCCGCUCGUGGGGAUUGAGAACGAGACCUACUGGGGCGUGAACAUCCGCAUGUACUACUUCGUGCGCAUCACCAUAGUCAAGCCCUACGGCGGCAACAUCUGCAAGGAUGCCAUGUUUGCCGUGCAGAACGUGGGGAUCCCCCCGCAGAUCAACAACACGAUCAAGAUGGAGGUCGGCAUCGAGGACGCGCUGCAUAUCGAGUUCGAGUACAACAAAUCGGCCUACAACAUGCGCGACGUCAUCCUCGGGAAGGUAUACUUUUUGCUGGUGGCGCUGAGCAUCAAGUACAUGGAGGUGGCCAUACAGCGUGUGGAGACCAUCACACUGGGCCGUUCCGUGGUGAACGAGACGCAGACUGUGACGACGUUUGAGGUGAUGGACGGGUCGCCGGUGAAGGGCGAGUGCAUUCCCGUCCGCAUAUACUUGACGGGGCUGGACCUGUGCCCCACCUACAAGAACGUCCAGAACAAACUCACCGUCAAGCACUACAUCAACCUGCUGAUAGUGGACGAGGACGACAGGCGCUACUUCAAGAAGCAGGAGAUCGAGUUUUGGCGUGACCGCCUGGGCUGA